AUGAGCCUGGAGAAUGAAGAUCUGUGGAGACAAGAGAUGGAAAAUGGCUGCCCAUUCUGCACCCUCCUUUACGAAGCUGUUUGGAAGCUCUACGGCGACUAUUUGAUUGAGGGCCGGUCCCUGAAAUGGACGGUUCCCUAUCCACGUACGCCGGAGGCCAUCCGCGAUGAUGGGGGAAACUCGAUUUACUUUUGUGUCCCCGAUGACGGCGAUCUGGCUCUUCGUUUGCGAAGGUUCCCCAACUUGUGGCGUGGCAAAGGGCCCUCGGGCGACGUGAAGCCCAUCCUUCGCAAUACAGCCUCGGAAGAGACACUACAGACGAUCACGGACUGGAUCAAUGAGUGCACGUCCACCCAUCCUCUUUGCAGUAAUGCCGAAAUCGCCAGGUUGCCGACACGGGUCAUUGACGUUGGAUCGGGGGAAGACGACAUACGCCUACAAGAGACAGGACAGUCCACGGGGGUAUAUGCAUGCUUGAGUCAUCCGUGGGGCAAACGGCCUUUGGUGCGCACGCUCAAAGACAACUUCUCCCAGUUCAAGAGUGGAAUUCCCUGGUCAACACUUCCGCGGACGUUCCAAGACGCCAUCGACUUCACCCGCAGGCUCGGUCUGCAAUACAUAUGGAUCGACUCCCUCUGCAUCAUUCAAGAUGACUCCCUGGACUGGCAAAAAGAAGCAGCUCAGAUGGCAAACGUCUACCAGCAUGCCUACGUGACAUUGGCAGCUUCUAAGGCGACCGACUCUAGUCGGGGGCUCUACACCUCGUCUCCAGACCCAAAGUACCAGGCCCAACAGCUUUCGCUUGUCAAUGAUGUUGAUGACACGGAUUUCCCGCUACAAGUCUGCUCUGAUCUCCUUCACAUAGAUGGCUUCUUCGACUUCUUUCCCAUUUCUCGACGGGCUUGGGUGUAUCAAGAACGGCUACUUUCCGCGAGAGUCGUGCACUUUGCCGGCGCGGAGGUCAAUUGGGAGUGCAAUUCAGCGAGAAACUGCGAGUGCGGCCAAAUUUCGUCUGGGGCGAGCGUCUUGCCCGACAAGAUUCAUUUUGCCGGCAGCUUAGCAGAGUUGAACGGGAAGUUCAAAGGGAAACGCCGAGAGCUUGCAGAAGUGACCAGCGACACCACCGACAUGAAAACUGAUUACAGCAAGUUUUCGAGCUCGCUCCUUCAAUCGCCUCAAUGGGGUCAAAGUGUGAAGGCUUGGAGACAGGCGGUGAAACAAUACGCACAACUUAACUUGACCUUUUCAAAGGACAGGUUCCCUGCUCUCGCUGGCAUUGCCAAGAUGUGGAACUCACAAUAUCAAGACCAAUACUUCGCUGGACUUUGGAGAGAUUCCAUUCAUCUGGAUCUGCUCUGGCUUGUAUACAAGCCUGGACGGAGGCCCGAUGAGUGGAGAGCACCCACCUGGUCAUGGGCUUCUCUCGAACAUGAACACCAAGAACUUCUCCGUUUUGACUCAGACUCCGAUUGUCUAAACUCUGGGAAAGGAAGUUGGUUCUCUCUGGGCAAAACAGGGACUGAAGAUUAUGCCCCUGUUGCAGAGGUCUUGGAAGCUGUGUGUGUUCCUGCUGGUAUUGAUCCUACUGGAGAGCUUAGCUCCGCGCAUCUCUUGCUGUCGACCUACGCUCUCCAUGGAACUCUUGUUAAGUGGCCUGGAGUCUUCGUUGAAUACGGAUGCAGUCCGAUUUGGCUUGUAACUGGAGACAUGUGGGUGGCUCAAGGUGACACACAUACUCGGGGAUUUCAGUUGGAUACACCGAUUACCAACACACCAGGACCAUGGUCGACGCCUGUUCAGAUCAUCCGUAUCACGGACUUCGGCUUGAAGACCGGUAAUUGUCCUGAGAUGGCGUGUCUCAUCAUUCGGGAGAAAGGUUCAUCGAUGACUGGCGAGGCUGAGUAUGAGCGGAUUGGAACGAAGAGCAUUGAUCUUGGAUCAAUCACCGUCGGGCUAUCGACAGAGAUCAACUUUGAUGGAGCGCCCGUCUUCUACGGUUUCAUUCUCAUGACGAUUGUUGGCUUUGCUGUGGUCAUCAGCCUCGGCGAACUCGCUCCGCCUUGCCUUACCCCGCAGGCCAAUCCGACGUCCUCUGUCAUACCUGACUGGAGUCAUCACUUGGGCCAGCGCAGUCUGCGUCUCAGCUUCCGUCUGCCUGGUGGUCACCCUCAGUAUCUUCAGCAUGGUCGCAAUAGCAAAUCCAGGGUUCGUAUAUCAUCCAUGGAUGGGCUUUAUGGCUUUCAGUACAUAGACAUCCUCGCGUCCAGUUUUAACCUUUUCGAACGCUUGCCACCUUGGGUUAGCAAGACGCUCCUGCUGUACACAUGCUCAAUGGUCUUCGCCGUCUUCGUAGCCCUUCUAGCUGGGAGAUCCGAGAAGCAGACAGCUCACAACUUCUUUGCUGAGAUCUACUACGUUUCUCGGUGUCCCAACGGGGUGGCGUUCCUGAUAGGCCUCAGCCCGACAAAUUGGGCGUUUUCAUGCCUCGACGCCGUGGUCCAUCUCACGGACGAGAUCCCUCAACCACGCAAAAACAUCCCAACGGCUCUCCUGUGCAAUGUUGCACUGGAAACAUUCACUGGGUUACCGAUAAUCUCAGCGACGUCUCCAUACCUGAUGUACGUCGAAUUGAAGCAAUCUAGAAGUGUUUGGAUUGGGACGGGAUUAUCAGCGUCAAGGAAUACAGAGUUGGGUUAA